UGAAAAUGGUCUGCAGGCCGCGCAUGCGCUUGAGCCCGAAAACGAAACAAAACCAAUAUCUAAAUCAAAAUCACAACCGAUACAGAAGCCAAGCGACAGUCGCGUGUUCGCGUUUUGCUUCGAUUUGAUUUCGGUUUCUAUUUCUUUGAUAUUUUUUAACUGUGUAGUGAGCUGUGUGUGUGUGGUGCAUUGAAAGUUUGACGCCUCUGAGAGUUGUGAAAAAGCGUCUCGAUUCGAUUUUGAUUUGAAAAUUUGGAGUGCGCGGCGAACGUGAGCGGCCGAAAAUUGAAAAUUCCUCGAGCAGGAUGCUCCGUGGGUGCCUGGCGCUGAUCGCCCUCCUCCAAGUGGGGGUCGUGACGCGAGCCCUGCCCACCAUCCAGGGCGGGAAUGUGCGCCAGCAGCUGGACAAGAGCUUCUUCCAGCCGCCGGAGAUCGAGCAGACGAUCGACGAGGUGCAGAAGAUCCUGGCCAACGAUCCGGCUCUGCCGAGACUGACCCGUGGCGAGAUCGAGGAGCUGUACGAGAAGGUGACCCGCGAGGAGUACGAGAAGAGCCUGGAGGCUGGCGACAUGAGCCGGGCGGACAGCAUGCGGGCCCUCAUGCUCGUCCUGCCCUUCAACACGGACAACAACACGGAGGAGAAUCUCCAGGAGCUGUACACGCGUCCUCCGGUGACCCGGGUCAUCGAUGCCUACACGCCGCCGGAUCCCGUGAAGUUCCUCACCCCGGAUCCCAGCGCUCUGCCGCGGAGUACGGUGCCCGGCGGGAAUCCCGCAGUGGCGGCCACCACAUACAAGCCGGCCUUCAGCCUGGCGGUGGGGAAUCCUCUCCAGCAGCAGUUCCGGCCCAUGCCGCAGGCCACCACCUAUCAUCCGCCAGCUCCACCGCCUGUGGUUUACCAGGACUUCAAGCCGCUCACCGCAGCAGCAGCUCAUCCACCAGCAAAUCCUCCACCGCCAGCCGCUCGAUUCAGCUCCCAUUACAGUGCCAAGAAUGCGCAGUUCUUGAGGAAGCCCAAACCCUCUGGAGGAUUGGGUACGUCCUCCGCCUCCAGCACGGUGAAGCCCGUGGCGGACAUCCUCGAGAGCCUGGGCAUCGUUUCAGGCGGCAAGAGUGACUCCGCGCACAAGCGCUAUGCCAUGGACGACUACUAUCCGGCGGAGAGUGCUCCGCAGCCAUCGGUGGUGGCCGUGGCCGAUCUCAGGGGUCUCCAGGGAGCCCGCAUCCGACCGGAGGCCUACUCCAACUUCAAGCCCCUGAACAUUGGCGAAGAGCUGCGGGUGAAGCCCGAGGUGGAGGGCUAUCUGACCCGCUUUGGAAUCGUGAAGAAGGCUCCAAAGGCGCUGAAGAAGGAGGCAGGGGCCAAGCCCACGGAGGAGCCUACUGGUGCCCACACGGAACUGUCCACGGCGACGGCACGUUUGCCAUCCCACGGAAACGCCGAGUUGGCCAAGCUCCUGGAGAAUCUGCAGGAGCUAGAGCGUCUGCAAUCGCAGCCACAGGCAAGGAGGAGUACCACCACUAGCACCACUAGCACCACCACCAGUACCAGCACCACCACCACUACCACUCCCGCACCCGUGCCCCUCAUCACCCAUGGGGAGCCACUGCUCAUCGAGGCCAAGAAGCCUCGCCGGAGAAUCGAUCCCAAUAUAGACCUGAACUUUGCCAACGGGGGCAACCACCAGACCACGCCCACCAGCUCCGAUGAGCUGUCCAAGCUGCUCCAGAAUCUCCAGGAGCUGGAGAAGCUAAAGAUCAAUCCGGAGAAUGUGAUCAAGGCGACCAAUCCGAGUGUUCAAUCCCUGAGCAGCCGUUUCUCCACCACCAGUUCAUCUACCAGUACCACCACUAGCACCACCACACCCCCUCCUGCUCCAUCCCGUUCCCAGAGCGAAGCCCGUGAGCUGCAGCGAAUCCUCAAGCAGCUGCAGCAGUUGGAGCAGUCCAGCAGGACCACCACAACGAGCACCACCACCGUGAAGCCAGCGAGGAAUCAGGGCUUGGGAUUGGGCUUCGGUCUGGGCCAGGGCAACUCCCUGGGAGCCGCCGAUCUCCUCCAGUUGCAGCGCCUGCUAAGCGACGAUCGCGAGCUGGAGAAGCUAUACGAGCAGGCCAGGAACGGCAAGAAGAAGCAGCAACCCAAGACGACCACGAGUAGCACCUCCACUAGCACUAGCACCACUUCAACCACGAGCACAACCACCACCACUCCCAGACCCACUCCCUCGGUGGACCAUGCCCAGUUCGAGGCCUUGAUCACGCGUGUCCAGCAGCUGGAGCAACUGCAGCAGCCCACCACACCGCCCAACUUCCUCACCAGAAAUGUGGCUGGUUACAGGGCAGGAUUGGGUCAAGGGCUCAGUCUGCCCAGCAACGAUUUUGCUCACCUGCAGGAGCUGUCACCCACCUCAGCCUCCCUUCUUCCCGGCGGCGGGCAAGUGGAGAUCUCCACGGCGGCAUCCACCUCCAAGCAGAGACCCCUCAGUCACUUUGAGCGCAGCAAUGGGCUGCUCCAGCAGGACGAAGUUCAUCCGCAGGACUACGUGCAGCUGCAGAAGCUGUUGAGCAAGGUGCAGGAGCUGGAGCGAGUGCAACUGCGGACGGAUCAGGUGACCCAGUCGCAGUCCCAGCUGGUGACCGCAGCCUCGGUGCGCAGUCCCAAUGUCAAGACCCUCAAUGGAGCCCACAUCGUCUAUGCCCAGCCGGCCAGGGAGCAGGAGGUGGAGCCGGAAGCCGAGCUCAAACUGGAUCUGCCCGUUUACCAGAAGCCUCAGAAGCCUCCGACGCCCUCGCAAUCCUCCAGCGAGGAGCUGCGGGAACUAGCCAUGAGUCAGCCCGCCCAUCCGCAGCGUGGAUCCUCGCCAGACUUUGGCCAGCUGCAGCAGUUCUUCGGCGGCCUGGAGGAUACGGGCGAGCGGCAAAGCUACCAGCACAUGCAGCCCAUCUACAAGACGGCGCAGACCACGCCGGCUGCUCCACGUUUCGUGCCCGCCAGGAGAGCACCCACCACGCCCACUUCGGCGCCCAGGCAGCCGGAUCUUGAGGAGCUGCAGAAGCUGCUCUACAACACCCAGCAGCUGCAGAAACUGGGCGUGGCCCUGCCCCACGAGCUGUCGCUGCAGCUGGAAAGCCAGCUGCAGGCCACCUCCUCCUCCACAUCUUCGACCACGAGUACCACUACGACCAGUACCACCAGUACCACAACCACCACUCCGGCUCCCGCACAUGACACCUCCUCGCCGGCGGUCUUUUCGCUGACCACCAGUCGUCCCAGGAUAAGGCCCAUUCCGGAGCCCAAGCCCACCACGGAGAGCAGCCUCCAGCUGCCCGUUUUCAGUGCCACCAAGAUCAUCGAGGCGGCCAUUAAGCGGGCGGCCAAUCGGAUUGGUGUGAGCACCGAACUGGCGCCCAAGCAGGGACUGCCCAUGGGCGUGGUCAAGGGAUUGGGCUUCCGCCGGCGCAGCGAUGAGGGCGAGGAUCUGACAGCGGAUGAAGACGAGGAGCGGGAGGGCGAGCUCGAUGGCGACCUCAUGGCGGAGUUCAGUGAGUUCAACUACCAGCUGGCUAAGCCAGAGCCCGAGUCGCCCAAGGAAAAGCGGGAGGACUCCAAGGCCAAUCUCAGCGAGUUGCAACGCCUGAUCAGUAAUCUGCAGGAGCUGCAGCAGCUCAACGUGAGCCUGGACCAGGUGACGCCGACUCCACCGAGCUAUGUCACCAGACCCAAUCCGGAUGCCGCCUAUCUGCAGUCUCUGCAAACUGGUCAGGAUGAGACCCUGAAGGCGAGGCGACAGAGCGAUGCAAAUGCCACCACGGAGAUUAGUGGCAAGGAGGAGGAGCCGGCCACCACCACCCAAGCCCCGACCAAGAUCAGCCUGAGUCUGGGCCUGGACGACACCGAUGGCGACACCAAAGGAGCAGCCGAGGAGGAUGAGGGAACGAGUAGCACUAGUACGAGCACCACCACCACCACCACUGAGGAAUCCCGAAACGGGUCCCUCGACGACUUGGCCGACUCAUUUGGACCCGAUCCCGUCAGCGAGGAGCCACCACCGCCGAAGAAGAAGAACGGCUUCUACUUCCUGGCCGACUGGAACUCGUUCCUCGAGGUGGGCGACGGCGAUGACCAGGUGGUGGUUCGACUGAGCCCCAAGAUCGGGGAUCCGCGCCUCUUUCUGCCCGUGAAGAUUCCCUCGUAGGAGUGUUUCUUUGGGUCGAUUAGCUGUACAUAUGUUUCCCCCUCCACCUCCUCGACCUCUUCCCAAUCCUAAUCCUCUCCAGCCGCUUGUUAUCGUAAUGUGUGUGUAUUUAUUGUAGUCACUGUCCUCUCAAUUUGCUUCCCCCUCGGAUCAGGGAUCGGGAUUCGGGAUCCGGAAUUCGGUAUCCGCCAUCCGGGGACCCGUAGUCGUAAGUCGGGCCUAGGCUGUAAGAGUCAAUCACCGAGCACAAAGUCGUGGUUAAUGCUAUGUAUAUGUGUAACUAGAGCUCUUGAAAUAAAGAUAUAUCUAUAUAGUUAAA